AUGGAGGGGAAAAGCAGGGACUACAGCAAACCCCCAGCUAGACUACUCCCCACGACCCCUGGACCCAAGCCUGUCUCCCCAGUCCACAGGAGGAGACCUCAGUCAUCUGCCUGCAGAGAUUCCAGCAGCUUCAGUUGGAGUACAGACGAUGAAGAUUGCUCCCCACCCAUCCCUCCCAAACCUCGCAGCAGUCCGCCGGCCUCAAACCCCCCAGGAACCAUAGUUUGUGGGUCUCCAGCUAGCAAGACACCAGCAGGGAGUCUGGCGGUGCCCGUUGAAAAGGGGCCAUUCACUCUGCCCGAGUUUGUGUCAAAGUUUGGUCGCUCCCUCCCGUUGUGUGUCAGUGUGGAGAAAGGGCAUCACAGCGACGAUGAGAGGGAGAGUAUUGGGAUGGGAGAGAGAGCCACCAAAACCUUCACCAGAGACAACAAGACUCUUGUCGAGAAAAACGAAGUCCUCUAUGUUAAAAAAGUCGCUUCCAAUAGCUCAAUCGGUGCCACGCUCAAAAGGAGAAAGUCUCUGCAGGUAUACAGCUUCCUACACAACAGAGAGAAGCUUCUGCCCAGCGAAUGCGAGGGUGGGUUUACUGCAGACCCCUACGCCACUCGUCUCUACGUUUCGGACAUUGUCUCUUUCUUCAUCGAGGAGUUUCCACUACGAGUUCGUGUGCAUCUUACGGACGUUGAGCUGGAGGAGGGCAGCGAAUUCCCUUUCCAUCUAUCAUCAGAGGUGUCAGAGUUGACGGAGAUAAAGGCAGAGACGUCACUAGUGGCAUCCAACUACCAGGAGAACAGCCAGACGCCUGCCUUAGGGCGAGGGGGUAAGGGUGAAGAGGAGGAGAAGGGGACUCUGAGUUGUUUCAGCGAACCAAGAGUCUCCUGCAAGAUUUCUCUCGGCGCAAAGAUCCGCAGCAUCAACAGGAGCUCGGCAGACCUGGCCGGGACCACCAGGAAAGGCUACGAGAGGGAGGGAGUAGAGUUCGAGGAAUCGUACAGAGUCUACGAAGUCAUUGGACAGCACAGUCGCUCCCUCCUGAGUCCCCAAGUGAAGAAAAACUCACAACAUCCAACCUACGCAGAAAUUGACGCGACCUACCAAAAGCCACCAUCACCGAGACAGGCACUCGACACAAAAGAUAAAGCUGCUCCCCCUCCUGUGUCUCCAAAACCUCCUCCGAGGAAGCCCCCUGUUCGUUAUAACACAAUCGGCCAGGCAUCGGACCUGAAACGCGAGAGUUCUCCUCUGGCAAAGCCACCAGCAGAGGUAGGGAGAGUGUUAAAAAUGGAAGUUGGUAGGAAGCUAAGUGUGGACUCCGCUGUGAACAGUGGAGAGAAUCCCUACCAGCCGCUACUGAAUAAACGUCGUGUCUCUGAGUCUGAGUCAGGCUACGUGACCGUCGGACAACACCCUACCUCAAGGAAAUCUGUCGUUACAGGGGCCAAAAGUCAGCAGGCAAUGAUGAACGGUCUCGCUGCUGCUGCAGUUUCUCCUGCGAGGGACGGCACAGUCGAAGACAAUGGGGCACUUAUCAGAGAUCUGAUUGGUCGGAUUGAGAGCCUGGAGCAGCAAGUGGGAGCUCUCACUGAGAAAGUGGAACAACUCUCUAGAUAA